AUGUCGGCUCUGCAUUCGGCUCUGCUCCUCCUGCUCUUCAGUGAUCCAGCAAACGCUCUCCGGCUGCUGCCGCCAUGCGCCUCGCCAUGCGCCUCGCCAUGCGCCGCGCCUCGCCAUGCGGUCCGAUCGGCUGUCGUAGCAAAGGCGCCCGUCGCCGCGAAACCGGAGGCUGCUCAAGCACUUGUGGAGAAGCCGGCGGGCGAGCCUACCGAGGAGGCAAAAGCACCUGCCCCGUCUCCGUCGCCACUUCCGCCGUCGUACCCAUCCUACUCGGCAGCCAACUGGUUUGACACACCCGACACGGAGCCCAAGGCGCCCGACCCCGGACCGGAGGUGCGCGAGGAGGAAGUGGUCGAGGCGGCAGAGGUCGAGGCGGCAGAGGCCGCAGAGCCUCCAGCCUCGAAGAAGGCGGCUGCAAAGGCGGGGCGGGCGGCCAAGCCUCCCGCCAAGCCGAAGAAUGCGGCCUCCAAGCCGGCCAGCCGGGCGGUGAGGCCCGCAGCCGCUCCCGCUCCCGCAGCAGCAGCAGCAGACGCACUGCCCGCCGCCAUCCGCGUUGGCUCUCAGCUGCCGCCCGAUCUGACGGUCGAAAUUGCGGUGCGGUCGAAAGGGCGGCAAACCAUCCCGCCCACCACGACGCUCGGCGCGCUGCUGGGGAGCGGCACGUCCGUCCUGGUCGGCAUGCCCGGCGCCUUCACGCCCACCUGCAACGACAAGCACCUGCCCGGCCUGAUGAAGGCCGCCGGCCGCUUCGCCCGCCUCGGAGUCUCCAACGUCGCCGUCGUCACCACAAACGACCGUUUCGUGAAUGCGGGCUGGGCCGAGGCGGUGGCGGCGGCGGCGGGCGUCGACAGCCCAAACAUCACCAUGGUCUCCGACCCGGACGGCGCCCUCGUUGGCGCGCUGGGCCUGUCCGGCGACAUGGGCAGCGGGCUGGGUGCGCGGUCGCAGCGAUUCGCCCUCGCGAAGAGGGAGCAGGGCCUCCGCACCAUCGGAGGCGCGGCAGCGGCUCUCGCGGCGGCAGUCCUCGGCGCCAGCGUUUUGCCCGGCCUGACGCCGGUGGCGGCCCCGCCCGUGGCGGCCCCGCCCGUGGCGGCAGAGCGGAGUGCGGAAGACGCCGCCGGCUCGCGUGGCUCGCUCACGCUCAAGGCGGCCGAGGUGGCCAAGGAGGCGUUUUCGCGCGAGGCGGCUCCGAAGGCGGCGCCGGAGGCUGCGCCGGAGGCCGCAAAGCCGCAGACCAAGGCGGAGGCGCGCGGGGAGGCUGCGGGCGCUGGAAAGGAGGAGCCGAGGGCGGCGGCCGCCCAAAGCGAGGCCGUCGCCGACUUCAUGAAGACGCUCAAGGCGAGCCUGAAGGAGUGA